AUGCCAGAUUGUUGGGCUAAAGGUUGUAAAAGUAGAAAUGCCAAUAGUCGAAAAAAUAAAAUACAACUACAAUGGGAACAAUUUUAUGCCAAAAAAAUUACAUUUCACAGAAUUCCUAAGAAUCCAAAUAUGCGUCAAAAGUGGCUUGAAAGGAUGGGAUUAAAUAAUGAAGAAGUACCAGAAAAAGCAACUUUCUGCUCACUACAUUUUGAAGAAAAUGCCUUUGACAGAUCAUCUGUCAAUUGUAUCAGAAUUCGACCUGAUAUUAUCCCAUUUAUACAUAAAGUAAACGCAGAUGUCGGUAAUAUAAAACCUACUCUUCCAAAAAAACAGAAAGUAUUUGAUACAAUAGAUGAAGGAAGAGAUUUCAAAGCAAUGGACGAAAAGCUUGAAGUAGAACAAGAAACUGUGCAAGAUAUUCUUGAUUGUUUUUCUGACAUUUCUGGAACUGUGCCAAUAGAAAGUACUACUAUUAGUAUUAGUAACACUCAUCAAGCUAUUGAUACCGUUUCUCAAUUAAGUACACCAUGCAAAAUUAAAAAUCAGGGAAUAGCUGUUUCGCCACACUUGUCGGAAAAUACGCCAAGAAAACGAAUGCUGAGAACUGCACUGAAUCGUAAGACCUCGUACCUACUCCCACUGCUCGACAGAGAUCGCAUGUGGUCCGGUCCCGAGUUACAAGGAUUAAGUUUCUUGACUCAAAAUUCGGACCGACGUUCGCACUGCCCGUUGGAAACAGGUGUUAUAGCGUCCCUUCAGGACGUUGACCCAUAUUCCAGAGCUAUAAAAGACAUACUUUUAUCAUCCAACGACACAAAAAAAGGUAUCAGUAUUUCUUGA